AUGGCCACCAUGGAGACAAUGAGGACCGCGAAAAAAGUAGUUGAAAAGGAUAGCGUCGAAUUCCUAUAUCAUGAAGCAACUCCCAGUAAAGAAAAAGAACAGGCACGUGAUCGGUUAUUGGCACAUCCAGACCUUCGACUAUUGUAUGUGAGCAACCAAGACAGCAAAAUCAAGAUUGUACGGCCUGCUGUGGAUGUGGAUCAUCGUAGAAAUAUCAAGCGUAUGGGUGGCUUCUUUGCCUUGUCGCAUUUAUGGGGAAAUGUCGAGGAUCAUCCUUAUUGGGAUCUUGGGGACGUUGUCAAGGAAACGGAAGAAAAUCUUCCAGCCGAUCCAAUUCCUAUGCGACCUGAAAAGCGUGGAGUUCUAUUGGCUCUUUUGAAAGCAUACCCAGGCUAUUGGUGGGUCGAUGUACUAUGUGCUCGUGUUACUACGCCCUUGGUGAUUAUGCGAUUCAUUUACGCCUAUUGUACCACUUGCUUCGCCAUGAUCGAUUGUUCACCUACCAUCAUUGAAUCUCUUUGUGACCACCAUUUGAUGCCAAUAUCAAAACAACUCUAUCACCAUGCACAACAGCUCAUUGAUGGUACGCUGGAUAAUGCUCAAUUCAAAGACCUGAUCAAUGCAAGUGAAGAUGACCAAGGGAAAAUGAUCGACUACGCCAUCUGCAGAAGGAGAAUGCAAAACAUGUUGGAAUUUCUUGGAUGUCGAUGGUUUGAUCGCGUAUGGACUAUGCAAGAGAUGACAUUGCCAGCUCGGCUUGUUAUAUUAUCAGAGACAUGUGAUCCCAGCAAAGUCGCAUUAUCCACAUCCCAUGUCAAUUUGAAUUCGGUGGUGCAAUUUGGGCACUUGCUCAAAUCGAUUUAUACCACGAUGGAUAAUGAUGAUCUUGCCAAUCGAUUAAUCAAUGAGAUUUACGAGAAGACCAAAAUGAUUGCGACAUCCGAUACUAUCCAUCACUUGUCAAUGCCAAGGGAUCCAGAAGCAAGAGCAGUGGAAUGUAUGCAGAUACUAUCUACGUUUAAGCAGUCUACUAGACGCUGUACAGACCAAAGGGAUUACAUCUAUGGUGUGCUAGGAUUGCUCGGUUUACAUAUCCCUCGGAUAGACGACCCUAUUGCAUUAUGGCGAUUAUUCCUGUUUGAGAUACAAAUCAUGUUCUCUUGGACACAGCAUCCCCCUCAUUCACUUCUCUACCAUGCAAACCCAUCGUUCAAUCUGGACACAGCAUCCAAUUUAGGUGAUGUUUAUACUGCACUUUUUGGAUCGAAUACAUUGGAAACGCUGAUACUACAGAAAAUGAGAUCUUUGGAAGAAUCAUUUGAUGAAUAA